CAGUGACCGGGAGACAGGGAGAGCAGCCGAGGCGCGGGGGCGACUGAACAUUCACAGGGUGGUGCGGUGCCACUCCGAAAGCCGCAAAUUAGCCCCAGGUUGUGCGCAGCACUUCUAUUCCUCCUGUUCACAGGACGAAUCAUGAUUCGUCGUCGUCUUGUUGCAGUUGCGCUGUCUCUCAUGACCACGGCACACACCUGCAGUGGCUUCAUCCCUGCUGCUGCUGCUGCUGCUGCUGUAUCAAGAAUACCGAGGCCGGUAUUUCGAAGUCCAGGGGCGAACAGCAAUGGUCGACAUGUGGGUGCCUGCUCUCCUCCUACUGAUCGGAAUCGACCGCCGCGAACGCUGAAGAAUGGAGCAGCCGACAGCAGCGAUGACAUCGAUCUCAGCUCCGCCAUGGCGAACGCGCGUGCGAACCUCGCGGCAGGCACGUCUCCGGGGGCGGGGCUUGAAUCCGCGUUUGACCAAGCGGACGCCGCGUUUGCAGACCUAAUCGUAACGAGCGUUGACGACCAGGGGGUAACGCUGGACGAUGAGGAGGUGCAAGAGCUCGCUCAGUCAGGAAUGAUGGAUCAAGACAGCACGUCCAAGAAGAGCAAGGGCCUCUUUAGCGACAUGAAGGAUGUGUUGGGGGCACUGAGCGGCGGAGCUCACAUCGUCAAGCGCGACGACGGUACUGUGUGACGUCACGUCUCCACGUGCACAUUGGCUUGUUUGCCAUGGGAUUUUUGCUCGCCACCGCGGUUUCUUUUACCACCAUGUUGUGGUUUCCAUACCGCCGCCGUGUUGAAUGGUACAUCUUGCGUAUGCGGGAUCCAGACAGUUGGCGUGACCUGCGCGCGUACUACUGUCCGA